GCCCCUGCCGGCGACCUGCGGGGGACCGGGCUGUGUCCGCAGUCUACACCCCCUCCUCACACGCAUUUCACCUGGGUCGGGAUUCUCAGGUCAUGAACGGUCCCAGCCACCUCCGGGCAGGGCGGGUGAGGACGGGGACGGGGCGUGUCCAACUGGCUGUGGGCUCUUGAAACCCGAGCAUGGCACGGCACGGGGCGAUGGGCGCGUUUGGGGCCCUGUGCGGCCUGGCGCUGCUGUGCGCGCUCGGCCUGGGUCAGCGCCCCACCGGGGGUCCCGGGUGCGGCCCUGGGCGCCUCCUGCUUGGGACGGGAACGGACGCGCGCUGCUGCCGGGUUCACACGACGCGCUGCUGCCGCGAUUACCCGGGCGAGGAGUGCUGUUCCGAGUGGGACUGCAUGUGUGUCCAGCCUGAAUUCCACUGCGGAGACCCUUGCUGCACGACCUGCCGGCACCACCCUUGUCCCCCAGGCCAGGGGGUACAGUCCCAGGCACCCAGACCCCAGAUGGACCCCUGCACUGGCCUGACGCCCUCCUCAUCCAUCCCAGCAACUCCACCAGCCUCCCUCCCUCCCCCCACACCCCACACCAGGGAAAUUCAGUUUUGGCUUCCGGUGUAUCGACUGUGCCUUGGGGACCUUCUCCGGGGGCCACGAAGGCCACUGCAAACCUUGGACAGACUGCGCCCAGUUCGGGUUUCUCACUGUGUUCCCUGGGAACAAGACCCACAAUGCUGUGUGCGUCCCAGGGUCCCCGCCGGCAGAGCCGCUUGGGUGGCUGACCGUAGUCCUCCUGGCCGUGGCCGCCUGCGUCCUCCUCCUGACCUCGGCCCAGCUUGGACUGCACAUCUGGCAGCUGAGGAGUCAGUGCAUGUGGCCCCGAGAGACCCAGCUGCUGCUGGAGGUGCCGCCGUCGACCGAAGACGCCAGCAGCUGCCAGUUCCCCGAGGAAGAGCGGGGCGAGCGAUCGGCAGAGGAGAAGGGGCGGCUGGGAGACCUGUGGGUGUGAGCCUGGCCGUCCUCCGGGGCGCCGACCGCAGCCAGCCCCUCCCCAGGAGCUCCCCAGGCCGCAGGGGCUCUGCAUUCUGCUCUGGGCCGGGCCCUGCUCCCCUGGCAGCAGAAGUGGGUGCAGGAAGGUGGCAGUGACCAGCGCCCUGGACCAUGCAGUUCGGCGGCCGUGGCAGGGCCCUGCAGGAGGGAGAGAGAGACACAGUCAUGGCCCCCUUCCUCCCUUGCUGGCCCUGAUGGGGUGGGGUCUUAGGACGGGAGGCUGUGUCCGUGGGUGUGCAGUGCCCAGCACGGGACCUGGCUGCAAGGGACCUUCAAUAAACACUUGUCCAGUGA